AAAAUGGAAAUCGCCAGGAGCGGGCGGUCGGCAGGUCGAAUCUUCGUAGUAUGUGGUCAAAAUAUAUGGGUAAACAGAUUCACAUUCUAGUCAAAGAAGGAGCGUGCUAGUCCACUAUUUUCCAAUCUUUCUAACGGCUGUAUACCAGUGCCCUCCGAUUAUAACGUGUCAAUCUGGCCUACUGUAAUGCAAACGGCACAUGAUUCAGCGAAGCAUUCGGAAAAAAGAGGGUCGCCAUUUUCACUGGUUUUAAUAAAGGCCGCCAUUGUUGAGAAGGGGGAGAAAAGAAAGAAGCCAACGAAAUGGAGCGGAGGAGGAGGAACGGAUGUCUUAUAGUGCUGAAAUUACUGUUGGUACCUCUGGUGUCUGUGUAUUCGCAGAGCUUCGUAUACGAAGGUUGCUCACAGGAGAUUUAUACAGAGGACAGCACUUACGACAACAAUUUGCAGUCUUUGCUGGGGACUUUGGUGAGCCAGGCAUCCAACACAAAGUACUACAACAUCAGUUUAGACACAUCCGGCAACGAUGCAGUCUACGGGCUCUACCAAUGCAGAGGGGACCUCGGCGGCAGAGAUUGCCAGAACUGUAUACGCAAUGCUCAGAGACAAAUUGCUCAGGUCUGCGUCAGGACACGCGGUGCUCGAAUCCAGAUGGACGGCUGUUCUUUGCACUAUGAUAAGGUUAAUUUCUUCGGCCUGGCGGAUAAUAGCGUUAUUUACAAGACCUGCAGCGGGAGUCAAAACGGAGGCACGGACUUUUACGCUCAUCUUAACUUAGUCCUGUCGGGCUUACAGACGGGAGGCUUUAUUGGCGGUAAUGGCUUCCGACUGUCGAAUUCUGGAGACUCGAGAACCGGUUAUGUUCACGGCCUCGCGCAGUGCGAAGGCGAUCUGUCUUUAACGGAUUGCGGCACGUGUAUGGCUGCGGCUGUGCAGAGGCUCAGGGAUGUCUGCGGUAACGCCGUUAGCGGUCAGGUUUAUUUGAGCAAGUGUUAUGCGCGGUAUUCACAGGACGCGUUUUACCGUGACAAUUCUUCAUCUGAUCAUCACCAUGAUGACAACGACGAUGACGCCGGAAAGACUGUGGCGAUAAUUUUAGGGCUUCUGGCUGGAGUGGCGCUCAUUGUGGUUUUCCUUUCGUUUCUGAAGCAAAUCUUAAAACACGGCAAAGGGUAAAAUCUGCCCCGAUUGACUUUGAUCCAGCAGGCGACAAUGCACAGCGGAGCCAUUCUUUUCCAGCGGUAGAAGACAAAUAGAGACAUCCUGUCCAAAGUAUCUGCAUAAUUGAUUUUUAUUAAAUCAUUGAUAGCGAUAUGCAUUCGCCUGCCUUAGAAGAAAUCACGCCAUGAUGUCAUAUGCUGCAAAGCACAUGGAGGGAGAUCCAAAGCCACAUAUAUUUUUUUGUAGCAGUGAUUUUGGGUGUUGUCCAUAUUUUAGUUUAUGUGCAGAUGUUGUAAUCAGCAAACCAGCAACUUUAUGGGCCACUUGUUUCAUAAAAGCCUUCCCUUUACCUUUGCUGUACGCUUUCAAAAAUAAUUAUUCUCAAUUCUCAAUUUCUUUU